UCUCUAGGUUGAAGGCAGCUCUUUCCAGGACAGAGUGCAACUCAGACGCUACAGAGAUCAAUAUGAAUGUCCUUUUGGAUUACGACCGUGACUAUCAUUAUCAUGACCAUGACAAUAGUUCCAACCACAGUGACUACGACGACAAGGAUUUUGCAGACUUCCACACAGUCUGCGACAAACAAGAGGUCCGGUCCUUCGCUGGGGUCUUUUUGCCAGUCGUCUACACCCUAGCAUUGAUCCUGGGCCUGGCCGGAAACUCACUGGUCGUCUUAGUUUACCUUUCCCACAAAAGCUUACGAACGCUGACGGACGUCUUCAUCCUCAACCUGGCCUUCGCAGACCUCCUCCUGCUCCUCACGCUGCCCUUCUGGGCUGCGGAUGCAGUGAAUGGCUGGGAGAUCGGCACAGCUGCCUGCAAGAUCACUUCAGCUCUCUACACCACCAACUUCAGCUGUAGCAUGCUGCUGCUGGCCUGCAUUAGCAUAGACCGCUAUCGUGCGCUAGCCAGAGGCUCCACCACCGCCAAUGCCCCAGCCAGGACCAACGCCCGCAGGCAGAGGAUAAUCAUGUGCCUCCUGGUUUGGGGACUUGCCAUUGUCCUCGGGUUGCCAGAUAUGGUGUUCUACACGGUUAAGAUGCAGCACUCAAGUGGGCGUAACUCCUGCCGGGCAGUUUACCCGCACAGCAUGGCGCGGGCAGCUAAGGCGUCUCUGGAAAUUCUGGACGUGUCUCUGAGCUUUCUUCUGCCUUUCCUGGUGAUGAUGAUCUGCUAUUGCAGGGUUGGAAUUGUGUUAAGUCAAGCCGCAACAGCGGGCGUACGUGGUGGAAGAAGCUGGCGGGCAUUUCGGGUGUUGAUAGCGGUAGUAGGUGUGUUUCUGUUGACCCAGCUCCCCUAUAAUGUGGUAAAAUUAGUCAGAGCCCUGGAUGUGAUUUACAUUUUAGUGACGGAAUGUGAGGUGAGCAAAAACCUGGACCGGGCCAAUCAAAUCACUGAAGGUCUGGCCCUCACACACUGCUGCCUGAAUCCUGUGCUCUAUGUCUUUAUUGGCUCGUCUUUCAAAAUGCACGUUCUGAAGCUCGCCAAGCGUUGCGGGCAGACAGGAAGAGGGUACCGCCAUGGCAACGAACAGCCCACCGUCGAGAUCUCCCUUAAGUCGGGCAAACAAACUCAAACUCACUCUUCGUCAGACAAUGAAGACACGAGUACGUUCACCAUAUGACACGGCAAUAUCUUCAGCAAUGAGGACUGCCAACUAUAUUCCA